AUGAACGGAUUUUUCAGGUGCUUUAGAAAAGAAGGGAUAGUUGCGAGUAAUUCAAAGGAUUCAAACAAAAUUUUUACUAGCGAUGAAGCUAGUACCAAUUUUCCAAAUAAAUGCGAUUCUAAAUGUGAUUACUCUUGGUACCCACCUAUCUCACAAGGAAAAUUGAUCGAUUUAGUCAGAUGUACUGUUCCCCAGCUUUCAUCUGAUCUUAGAAAAGGGCAUCUUGGGAGAAUUGGUAUAAUUGGAGGUUCGAAAGAAUACACUGGUGCUCCAUAUUUUGCAGGAAUUUCAUCAUUAAAAGUAGGAGCGGAUCUAUGCCAUAUUUUCUGUACCCCAGAAGCUGCAACUCCAAUAAAGACAUAUUCACCGGAAUUAAUUGUCCAUCCUCUACUUCCUUCAUCUGAGGAAAUAAGCACAGAAGAAGCAUCUAAAAAAUCGAUAGAUUUAAUUAGGCCUUGGCUGGAGAAAAUGGACGUAAUUGUUAUUGGGUGUGGCCUAGGAAGAGAAAAGGGGGUUGUAUUCAUUACAGCAGAGUUGAUAAAAAUAUGUAGAUGCCUCUUUAUUCCCAUUAUUGUGGAUGCUGAUGGAUUGUUUGUAGUUGCCCAGCAGCCGGAAUUAAUAUUGGGCUAUAAACAUUGUAUUUUAACUCCAAAUUUGGCAGAGUUCUAUAGAUUGGAAAAAUCAGUUAAAAAUAAAGAAUCAGAUGGUAAAAAUGAGCACUCCUCAAGUAAGCAUUGCAAUAAAAAAUUAAGUUCAAAUACAGAACCUAAAAAAGUACCAUUAAGCCAUAUAGAAAUUCAGAAUCAUGUAAGUAAGAUAAACUUAAGCAAUGAUUGCUCAAUAAAUAUUCCUAUGGUUCUUCCUUUAGGAAUUAACGAAGAGAGGUUUCCAGAGUCUUUAUCUCCAUGCGAACGAAUUCCCAAAACUGAAUGGCCGUCAACUAAUGAAGACACAGUGCUUCAACUACAUGAUGAUGGCGAGGAGAUUAAUUUAUUUCAUCAAACAGACUUAUUAGACAAACAAAAUGUUAAGCUAAAUGAUACUUCAAAAUUAUCUUCGAAUCCUUUGAAUAUGUGUUUUUACGAGCAUAUUCUAAAUGAAAAUUGUAUUAGAGCAAAUAAAUCUAAUAAAAAAUUGGAUUCAAAUACUUCAAUUGAUUCGCAGCUUACAAUAAAUGAAAAGGAAUUUUUGUGUAUCACAAAUAGGGUAUUUGAACUUUCAAAGAGUUUGGGAAAUAUUUGUAUUGUAUUAAAAGAUAAAAUUGAUAUAAUAACAAAUGGUGAUAUUGUUGCUGUUUGUAAUAUUGCUGGAUCAUUUAAAAGGUCUGCAGGGCAGGGAGAUAUUCUUUCAGGUGUUAUUGCGGCUUUAUUUAAUUGGAACAUUAAGUACCUUACAAAAAAUAGAGAAAGUGAACAUAAUUUUCACUAUCCCGAAGUAAGUUCAGCAUAUGGGUCAUGCCUAAUUGUGAGGCUUUCUGCAUAUAUUGCUUUUAAAAAAAAAUUCAGAAGUAUGCUUGCAUCUGAUUUAAUUGAAAAUAUACCUUACGUAUUUGAGUCUAUCUUUGAAGUUAAUAAACAUGAUUUAAAAGAAGAGGCAAGUCUAUUGCUUCUUUUUAAUGAGCCUCAAUCGCCAACAAAUGAUGAAUAG